UAAUAAUAAUAAUAAUAAUAAACAAAAAAAAAAAGGAAAAUGUCGAGUAUGAUCAAGAUAAUGAUGAUGAUGGCCUUGGUAAUAAUGGGCGUGAGAGCAAAAACUCUGACUGAGUGUCGUGAAACAGACUGCAUGUAUCUUUGUGCGAACAAAGGGAUGAGCACAAAGGCUUGUUCUAAAUGUGUCCUUCGAUGCAGUACUGCUUCUGACAAAAGUACCAAUGAUGUAGACCAACGUGUCAUAUGUUACCGGAACUGCGAUGUUGGUUGUGGCACUGACAAUGCGUGCCAUGAACGUUGUAAGAAGAGUUGCGGUUACCCACCCUUUACAUGGGUCAACGAUGUAGACCAACGUGUCAUAUGUUACCGAAACUGCGAUGUUGGUUGUGGCACAGACAAUGCGUGCCAUGAACGUUGUAAGAAGAGUUGCGGUUACCCACCCUUGAUGAAUCUUCAUCUAUGAUUUUGUUGAGGACUUGUUGAAUUUUUACAUGUUGGGGUUGUAAUUGCCAUGGAAAGAUUCUUU